CGAAGGGCCAGCUUGGCUUGGGGCCCAGGCGUCAGUCUGCGCGCCAGGCGUGGGCCCUGGUCCUCGGGGCGCCCCGUCCCUGUGGGGAGACCUGCAGCAGCCCAGAACCACACGGUGCAGGCUCGACUCGGGUUGGGGGGCGGCGAUGGCUGCGAUCCGUGCCGCGGAGCGCUAAGACCGGGGAGGAGCCGGCAGACAGGGGCUAGACACGCGGGGUCGAGAAACCAGAGCACCAGUCUAGCUUGGCCCGGGGAUUUCCCCGCUUCUGGGGUGGGACUGGCAGGUCCUGGCCACGCCCGUGCAGCGUGUGGCGUCACGGCGGCGGCGCAGGAAGUGGGCCGGCUGGCGCCGUUGCCAGGCAACGCGUGGCGCGGGCCUUCGGGGCCGGUGGGUUGCAGGUUCCUCGCAGCCGGGUUCGCAGCCUCGACGCGCGAUGAAGGUGGGUGGGGGCCGGAGCCCCGUCUCGGAGCCCGUGCCCGGCGGAGCUCCCGGCGCGCGCUGCCCUCGGGCCCACCGGUAGGGCUGUGCUCACUUCCCUCCGGGGCUCGCGCGGGCGCCCACCCCUCCCUCCAUCAGUGGGUCCUCUGCUCGUCACAUCUGUCCGGCCCCAGGGUGCGGUCCUGCACCAGACCCGUCACCCAAGCGCCCAGACUCCAGGCGGCGGUGGGGCACGUGUCCCUGCCACCCAGGAGCUGUGGGCUCCGUGGCCGCACGUGGACUCCCCGCAGGAAGCGAGGACCUCCCCCACGUCCCCCCCCCCCCCGCGCGCGCCUGGCCCAUCCAGCGUGGCAGAGGGGCUGGCAACUCGGCUCAGCGGCUGCAUGUCCUCCGAGCUGCCUCCCAUCCAUCUGCUGGCCUGGUUGGAUGAAGAUGCAAGGCCAGCAGGAGCUCCAGGGAGAGUCCUUGUGUGAUGCUAGGGAACCAGGUGAGGUUUCCCUUCAUCAGGUAGCUGGGGGACAGAGUGGUGACAGUUUGGAACGUAAAGGGACCUACAACAACAAUCAGCUGCUGAAUGGGACAGCCUGCAGCUGUGGGGAAGAGGACCUCCCUUCCUGCACCGUGGAGGGUGCAGACCCAGGAGAGCUAAGCGGAGCUUGGGGGGAGUUCAAAGGCUUCCAGGAAUCUUCAGCCAAGUUUGAACAGUUUUCACAAAGCCCAGAAGUGCUGCAGAGUCCUGCGGAACCUCAGUGGUGGAGAACUCUUCCUGCCCCAAGAGAGCAUUGUUUGCAGCAGUCACACCAGGACCGACCCUGGGUGACAGGAACUGCCGUUGACCCAUCUCCAGAGCCUGUUGUCAGCUAUGAGAACAUUUUUAGGUUUGCUUUUCAAGAGGUUACAGUUGAGCAGACCACUGAAGAGGUUUCCACCUUAUACCAUUUCUUAGAAGCAAACAAGGAUGAAAACUCUGGCCUCUCAUCUGUGCACAGACUGUGUUCUGAAUCCAGGAAGCUCUGGAGAAGCCUUCAGAACACCAGCACUGUGUCCACAUCACAGUUCCUCUGGAGCGAGUCUCACUGCCAGGAAAACCUCUUCCUUGUUCUCAGCAUGGAUCCUGCUCGGAAGGUCCCUUCUGGAAGCCAGGGCCACAUCCUACAAUGCCCCAGCCUCAGAGAGCCUGAGGAACUGCUGGCAGUCAGCAGCUUCCAUCUACACCCUUGCGAAGCCCUCAUCCAGACCAAGCCCUCAGGGACGCCAGGCAGCAGACAGGGGAGCCUGAUUACCUACAGCCUCUUUCUGAAGUCGCCCCUUCAUGGAAAUGGACAGUGUAUUACCAUCCCACAGAAAAAGAAGAUUUUUGCUCCAUGGAACCUAAAAGUGGCAUUCUUUAAUAAUAAUAUUUGCUAAAAGCA